AUUCGUGGCGGCCACCCCACUGAGCAGUUCUCCGCGAUAAGCAAGCCAAGUUAUCAGCCUCGCGAGCAGCCAGACAGUUCGUAUGUCUAUCUUUGCCGGCGCCUCUUAGCGUGCGAGCGGGGCGUUAGUGCGCACGCCGGCGGCGCCGAGCAACGGAGGCAUCGACCGCGGAGAGGUAGAUAAGAUGGGGAGGAGAGGGAGCAGGCCCGUUCGAGGUUGAUGCUGACCUUUCCCCCCUUCCCUGGCCCGAGAAGCAGCGGUGCCGAUCUAUCAUGUCCUCCGCUGAGACGGUCCUGCCUCAAGGCGCGGGCUAUGGCGUCGUCGUCGGAAUCGGCCUAUUCUUUAGCGCGUUCAUGCUCGCGCUCACCGCGAUGCAAGCGCGGUACACACCUUGGUCGCCGAAGAGCGCAGAGGAGUUUAGCAGCGCGUCCCGGAGCGUGAAGCCGGCGCUCAUCGCGUCAGGCAUCGUGUCGGCGUGGACGUGGGCGGCGACGCUAUUGCAGAGUAGCGCAGUGGCGUUCAAGUAUGGCAUCAGCGGGCCGUGGUGGUAUGCCGCUGGCGCAACGAUCCAAAUUCUCCUCUUUGCCAUGCUCGCCGCCAAACUCAAGCUCAACGCCCCCUACGCACAUACCUGGCUCGAGAUCAUCGGCGCGCGCUGGGGGACCGUCGCUCACCUGGUGUUCCUCUUCUUCGGGCUGGCUACCAACAUCAUCGUCAGCGCGAUGCUGAUUCUCGGCGGGUCGGCGACGGUGACGGACUUGACGGGGAUGAACACGCUCGCGGCGUGCUUCCUCAUCCCUGUGGGUGUCGCCGUGUAUGUGGUGGUCGGUGGUAUGCGUUCGACGCUGCUCUGUGACUACACUCACACGACGGCGCUUUUCAUCAUCAUUCUGUUCUUCGUCUUUACCGUAUACGUGACGAGCCCCAAAAUCGGGAGCCCUGCGCGAAUGCACGAGCUGCUGUCUAUCGCACCGCCUGUCGCUGGAAAUGCUGAAGGAUCCUACCUCACCAUGCGCUCGAAGAACGGCCUCAUCUUCGGGGUGAUCAACAUCAUCGGCAACUUCGCCACCGUCUUCCAAGAUCAGGCAUACUGGCAGCGUGCGAUCGCCAGUCGGCCGGCGAGCGCGGUUCGUGCAUACCUCCUCGGCGGCAUCGCUUGGUUCUCCAUCCCCUUCACGCUUGCGACGACCCUCGGCCUCGCCGCGAGGGCGCUUGGCGGCAGUGAGGACGCGACAUGGCGCGAUCCUGACAUGAAGCCCCUCUCCGCCGCCGACGUCUCUGCGGGCCUGCCGGCUGCAGCCGCAUCAGCCGCUCUGCGCGGGCCUGGGGGUGCCGCGGCAAUGUUGAUCCUGCUCUUCUUGGCCGUGACGAGCGCGACGAGCGCAGAGCUCAUCGCAGUGUCGAGCAUCGGGACGUACGACAUCUACAAGAGGUACAUCAACCCAAAGGCGACGGAUGAGCAACUCCUGCGCGUGGGUCACUUUGUGGUCGGCGCGUACGCUAUUGCCUGCGGGUUCUUUGGCCUCAUCUUCUACUAUAUUGGUGUUUCUAUGGGUUGGUUAUACACCUUCAUGGGUGUCCUCCUUGGCGGUGCCGUCUGCCCGAUCGCAAUUGGCGUCACCUGGAAGAAGGCCAACAAAACUGGGUGCAUCGUGGGCGCUCUAAUUGGUCUGGUCGCUGGACUUGGCACCUGGCUGGGGACGACAGCGCGCUUGUGGGACGGUGUUAUCAAUGUGACGACGAGCGGCGGCGACUAUGAGAUGCUUGCGGGCAACCUUGCCUCCAUCGGUGUCGGAGCCAUCGUCUCUGUAGCCUGGAGCCUCAUUUCCCCCGACGACUUCGACUUCGAGAUAACGCGCGCGAUCAACCGACCGACAGAAUACGACACAGCCGAGAGACCCCAGCCUGAGAGGGCACUCAGCGACGAAAAGACGUCCCCCUCCGACGAAAAAGGCGCACAAGCAACGGUGAAGACAACGGAGCCUUCCGACAAUGACUCCACCGCGGACGACGACCUGAACCCCGAGGGCCUCAAGCGCGCCUUCCGCUUUGCGGCGUGGGCGUCAUUGGCGUUGCUCGUCAUCCUCGUCCUCGCCAUCCCCCUACCACUGUUCUUCGCGCAGACGAUUUUCGGCGUGCGCGGGCUCGCCGCAUGGGUCGGCAUCGGGAUUGCCUGGACGUUCCUCGCUGCCGGAGUCGUCGUAAUUGGCCCGGUAUGGGAGAGCCGGGAGGCAAUGGGCAUGAUCAUGAGGGGCAUGGUCAAGGACAUAUUUACGCGUGGAGGAGGUAAAUUUGCGCAUAAGCAGGCCGCUGCCGCGUGAUGGUUUUCUUCUGCUGGUUUCUACAUAUUUCCCAGUCGUAGCUGCUAUGCAUACUUGGGCUGGGCAGAAUGAAAUCAAAACAACAAUCACCGGCGUGAAAAACAUCUUUACUAUUACAUACAUACUCUGUGUACUAGCCUUUGAUCCUUGUAUCCAAUGUACUUUUUUGGCGUACCGCCCCUUCUCCUGUAUCAAGACAGCCAAAUUCAUCAGGGCCGC